AAAGCCGCGUGGCCGUAGGAAUUAGGGUUCGGGGAGCCUGCUCUACAGAACCGACACCUCCCUAAGCCUCCUCCCCAAUACCCUUGAGAAGAACUUGAGCUCACUGAAAGGUUAUUUGAGCCCACGCCGGACUGUGAAGGAAAAUGAAUUUAUCCUCCUCGUAUCCGACGGCAACGCGUGCUGCGAGCAGAUCCAUUGAGCUAUUUCAGCAGUCUCUUGGAGGGUUAAAAGCGUCGGCAUCUCGUGCUCUGAAUACAGUAUCCGAAGUAGAAGCAAGCAAACCCAAGCGGAGGAAGAAGAAGAAUCUAUUUGACGUUGCGCACUUUCUUCCCAAUUGGGGAAUUGGGUACAAGAUGUGCAAGAGCAGUUGGAGGGAUCUUUCCUACGAGAUCACCAAGAUCAAUCUCUACAAGGAUGGGCGCCACGGCAAAGCUUGGGGCGUUAGAUACAAGGCCGGCUUACCAGUUUCUGAUGUUCCUGUGAAAAUAAGUGGGGUUAAUAAAGGUGGGUGGAAAUAUCUGAAAGAUUCAAAGAAGAAAGAAGAAAACUCUCCUGAAGCAAAUCAACCUAUUCAGUCAUAGCUCACUAGUUCCAAAACAAUUUCUGUACCUUCCUUUGAAGUAGGAUUUCACCUCCUUGUUUUGUAUUACUUUGCUUGAACUAUUUAAAUCUUUUAGAUAUUUUUAAGAUCCAUCAGAAACUUGUUGGGUUUCUUUACUAAAUCUAUAGAAUUUCUUGUUCCGUAA